AUGAAAUAUGAAUCCUUCUUCACUUAUGGCGUAUCACGGCCCUUUCCGUUUCGUUGGUUUACGCCUGGUGCUAUAAUCGGAGGCAUCGUUUCUCUUGCUCUUUUCACUUUCUUGAACUUCGCUUCAAGUGGUUAUAAUCUAGUAGUGCAGAUAUCCUCAGAUCCUAACGCCACAGUAUCUGAGGGCAAUUGGCUCCAGCAUUGGCCAUCGUUUCUAACUGCUAAAGUCCAACCGACGUGCCAGCCCGCCAACCUACCUGUGGACAGCCAGCUUUUCACCAACCAGACAGCACUCACGUAUACGCUAACGAAUGUGUGGAAGUACCACGAAGAUACCGGCGACCACAUUGCUUAUCCCUCACUCAAUUAUUAUAAUAAUGUAUUAGAGAACUGUUCUGUCACCUCAAUCGAAAUAAAUCUCGAAGCAAUGGAUCGAACCGCAAACCAGUUCGCCUACUCUGAAUGGGGUGCCCUAUUGAGAUCUUAUGUUACCUGCCGGAUAACCACUUCGGCUGGUAUGGUCUUUUUCAAUCUCACACAAACCUAUGAAUACGUGCCCAACACUGCUUCGUACACCGAUGUUUAUAAAUUCCUCGGCACCGGCUUUCUGAGCCGCAAUCAAACGACACGGGCAAGCCUCUGGUGGGGCGAAACGCUGAUGUCAACGUACUGGGGGGCGGUUACGUGGGAGAUGCAGCUAGAGCGUAUUAACAAGACCAGAAACAGCGAGCGUGGGAUACGCAAAGGCACUGUGUCAUUCACACCUAACGGAACAUUCUCCGACAUUAAGGACCUGAAUUUCCUCGAUACUGAUUAUCGUUUUAUUGUCGACAAAGGCAGUGCCUCUUUCGAUGUGAUUUGCUGUCCUUCCUUACCUCUACCAUUAACAGCUGGGAGUCUGAAUGCAGCAAACCUGUACCCUAACAUUUGGAUCGAGGCAGAUACGCUAGCCAAAUCAACAUAUUCUACUGUAUUAACAGACUUGGGUCAAGCGGCAGCAGUGUCCAAUAUACUUAGUGACGAAUCGCUCUUGACUUAUUUCACAUCGAACUUUUCGCGGAUAAAGAUGGCCAACUUCAAGGCUGGACCGGGGAACGCAAGCUUCGAUUCGCUAAAAGCCACGACUGGGCCUUUAAGUGUCAUCCCAUCUGUCAUAGCAACCACAUAUCUUUGCCAAGUACCCGAACUCAAAUCCGCUGGCAACCUCAUACUCGCAAUUAUUGUGGCCGACCUUGUAUUGCUACAGAGCAUGUGGCAGUUAUAUAAAAUUGUAGCAGAGUGGUACCUUGGCAGGCGGCAGCCGACGGCGAAUUACUGCGAGGGCUGCGUAGGAGCACCUGGCGAGGAGCUGACACGGAUUUUGUAUGCAAAUGAUGCCUACACGACAUAG